UGUAACAUACAUACCCGGGCUCGCUCGCGGCAUAUUCGAGUCGACGCUCGGAUCGUACGGGGCUAAGCGCGGCCCCUUCCCGUGUGCUGUGGUUGUGCGCGUGUGCUUCAUCCUUCGAGGACUCCGCUUUAUAAGUGAUCGCUUCGUGGUCCGUCGCAGCUCGCACGAUAUCGGAGCCAUGGGGAGGCAGCUGGCAGGCCUCGGCGGGGGCACGACGUCUGCUCGUUCCGUCCGGGCAGCCGUCACCGUCCUGCUCAUCGCUAUCCUGGGCAGCCAUCCUUGCCAAGGACAAGGGGACACCGAGGCGAGCCUGGUGCGAUGCAACGACACCUGUGCCUCUAGGCUUCUUUCGAAGUUUGCCGACUACGAAAACGGCAGCGGCAGCAACUCGACCGGCGCGCCGACGACGUCGUACUACUCCUACCCGGACAACCCGUUCCAGCGCGCCAACGUUUGUCGCUGCGACGACGCGUGCGUCAAGUUCGGCGACUGCUGCCGGGACGCCCCGGCGCUCCUGGAGGCGGCGUCGUCCGCGUCCGGCGACGGGCCCGUCCUCGAGUGGGAGUGCGUGCGCGUGCGGAGCGACAUGCAGGCGACCUGGGUCCGACGCGCCUGCAAGCCCGGAUGGGACGGACCCGACGAAGUGCGGCUCCAAUGCGAACGCGGCGCCGACGCCCGCGUCACCGACCCAAACGGCAUGGCUCCCGUGACGUCGCCGCGGACCAACGUGACGUACGCCAACGUGUACUGCGCCGCCUGCAACGACGACUUGAACGACACCCGCCGCUGGCAGGUGAACCUUGACUGCAAGGAAUUCUACGGCCUCAUCAACAUGACGGGCGAGGACAUUCGAAACAACAUUGAGCUGGAUCCCACAAACUCCAGUUGGGGUGUGUGGUUUACUGCUCCAGGAGACUACCGACGGUUUUUCGCCUGUGCCUUGGAGUACGCGCCCCAGAACCUGUCCAGCGUGUACACCUGCAAUUCUUUUGUGUCGACAUGUGAUCCCAGCUGGGCCGGCACGGAGACCGAGAGGGAGUGUAAGUCGUACCAGUCUGUGAUCAAUGUGUAUGGCGUGAACUACCGCAAUCCAGAGUGCAUGGUUUGCAACAAUGACACUGCUCCGCACCAGAUCUGUGGUUUCUACAGUGACACCAGCUUCGUUAGCCCCCGCGGUUUCAGCUUCAGCAUACUCAUGGAUGUUAGCCCGUCCGCGGGCAACAUCGUCGGCAAAAAGAGCCUUUGCAAGAAAGGAGAACUGUACGACCCAUUCUACAAGGUCUGCCGGAACGUUCUGUGCGGCAUGGCGGGCUACGUCCUUGACGGUGACAAGUGCGUGAGGGAUGAAAACGAGAAUGAAAUCGAGCCGAGGAGCGGCAACGGUACCGUCUUCUACACCCAGGAGUUCCUCGCAUGCCGAAAGACGAUGUUGAACAAGGGCGAGUACACAAUACGGCCCAACGGCUACCUGUACGCCACGCGCUACGACCGUGACUUUGCUCCCGACAGCUACUUGCUGGAAGGUGACCUCCGGGCCCUUGUAUGCAUCAUCUUCAACGGAACCAACGAGAUAGCUAAGUUUUCCAGGACCAUGGGCUACGUCUCUGCUGUGGGACUAGGCGUGUCCAUCUCCUGCCUCGUGGCCCACCUUCUCGUGUUCUUCAUGGUGCCUGACGUGAGGAACCUCUCUGGACAAAACCUUGCCUGCCUCUCGACGUCACUUCUCGUCGCUUACCUGAGCUUCCUGUUUGGCAUGAUUGGUGAACCGCCCGCCCGAGCUUGCCAGGCGUCGGCUGUCACCACGUACUACUUCUUCCUCGCGUCCUUCUUCUGGAUGAGCACGAUGGCAUUUGACGUGUGGCGGACCCUGCGUGUCGCCACGCGAGAAUUGCGGGUCAGCUCCGGUACGCAGUGGCGGCGUUUCUUUUUCUACAGUCUUGCCUCGUGGACCCUUCCCGCCAUAAUUGUUGGCCUUGCCGUCUUCUUCGAUGACCGCUCCUCCGGUAUGCCCGAUGACUUGAGACCUCUCUUUGGGCGCCAUGGCUGCUGGUUUGGGCAGCGGAAGGCUCUUCUCAUCUUCUUCGCUGGCCCCGCCGGUGCGUUGAUGCUCCUCAAUAUCACUCUCUUCACCUCGACUGCCGUUAUGGUUAUCAGUUCGACAAAAUCCAGCGUCAAGCGCUCUGGCAGCGCCGCCAGGCGCAACUUCAGUCUCUACGUACGGCUCUCCACCAUGAUGGGCCUCACCUGGACGCUGGGUCUCGUUGCCGGAUACCUUGAUGUCGAAGCACUGUGGUACCUCUUUGUCCUCUUCAAUGCAUUCGAAGGGCUGCUCAUAUUCCUCUGCUUCUCCUGCACCCGCAAGGUUUGGACAUACCUGAGGGACAACGUGCUCAUGUGCAUCAAGCGCGAGCCGUACCGUACAGGCACACUCAGUUCGGGAUCCGGGUACAACUCCAACAGCACCGGAACGACAAGCUCGGGAUUCUCGCGCCGGGCGUCGCCCCGCAGCUCGACAAACUACAAGCGCACGGCACCGUACCUUGGCAAGAAGACCAGCAUGGACAUGUACUAGGACUCCUUUUCUUUUCCCCCCACGACACCCGUUGUUGAGCCAAGUGCGAGUAUCGUUACGGUGUUGCUAUUUGGCGCACAUGAGCACCGCAUUCUUGUCAUGUGUUGAUGCGGAGUUGCCACAAGCCUCAUCUUUGCUUCUUCAGUGAAGGCCCUUGUAGCCGCCUCCGUUGAUGACGUUAUAGUGUUCCUAUCCCAUGUGUGGUUCCUGAAUCUCAUCCAUGUCGUAUUUAUCGUUGAGCCAUCGAUACACCUUUUAACCUAUGCUCCCUUAACGGCCAAGUCAGUGACUUCCAAGUCUUCUCAGGACGAUUCCAUCGUUUAUCUCUUUAUUUAUCACUGUUGUGACGACUUAGGAUCAUCAGGUGUGUUUCGGACUGCAUCGCAGCACCGAGAAGUGGCUAAUUGUGGAACAGUUUUAUCAAUUUACGGCCUGUUUUGUGCCACGGAGGAGACUCCGUUUGCGCGACUGUGAAAUACCAAAGUCAUGUGGUGUGUGUUGUGUGUAUGUGUGCGAGUGCAUCAGAAAACUUUCACAUCAUGUAAAUAUCUUUACCUGAUACUCUUAAUACCGACCUUGUAAAUAAAGAUGUAGAUAUGUUGAA